AUGCGUCUCGACUCUGUGACUGUUCUGGCAGCGCUGCUCGCCUUGACGGGCUUGGACCUGGUGGCAGCGCAGGAUGCGGACCAGGUGGAGCGUCCUCGCUUUACUCUCCCGCGGGAAAUCAAGCGGGCAAUCCAGAGAGGAAACUCUGACCCCGUCCCGAACCCCAACCCCAGCGCCUCGUCCCAGGGCACUCAACCUGACAAGCCAGAGGGAUACAAUGUGGUCGUGGUGACUUACUCGGUCGACCCUGCCAACACCAAGAUCACUCACACCAUUAGCGGUACCACGCAUGUGCCUGGUAAGCCGGGUGAUGCAGUCACUCAGACCACGCAAGCGAUUCCUUCGAACGCGGAGUCGAAGUCCAAAAACAACCCUGUCGCGACCUCGCAGGGCAAUGGUGCACCCAACACUCCGCGUCCCGAGACAACGAGCUCAGUGCCGACAUUCAGGAAGGAUUCCCAAACUUCGCAGGACUCCACCGAAAACAAGUGGGGUUUCGAUCAGUCCAGCAACACGCAAACUUCCAAGCGGACAACCCCUGCCAACCCGCAAGAGUCCGGGCCUAAAGGUGGAAACCCUUUGAACCUUGUGCCCGACGUUGCCAACAGUGUGGUCAACGGUGCCGUCAACGGUGCCUCGUCUGCGUGGCGUGGUGCCACUUCCGCUUUCCGGGAUGCCGUGUCGGCCACAAACUCCCCCAAAGACAAUGAUUUGACCAAUUUCAAGAACAACGACCCGAGUAGAUUGUUGAAGCCGAACGGUUCUCCCUCGGAGUCGAACGGAUCUUCCAAGUCCAACGCCCCCAACUUGAUUUCAAAGUCGUCCACCUCAGCACAGCCCCGAGGGUCUCCGUCCUAUGACGGCGGGAUCCCGGAGCUUCUGUCUCGCGUGGAUAAUGGUCUCUCGACUGCUGGAGAAGAUGUCAGGUCUGCUUUGGACAGGUUCUCCCCGGAAACUGCUACGAGUUCGUCCAGCGCCUCCAGUUCGUCCCAACCAACCAGCCAGGGAAAGAGCCCCUCGAACAAGGAUUCUUCCUCUUCGUCCUCGAGCUCAAGCGAGGGUUUCUUGGACAAACUGGGUGUCAACCACGUCACCGAUGCUUUGCAUAACAUUACUCAUCCCAGCGGUUUGUCCCAACUCCCCAUCAGCGUUCCGCCAAUCGCCAAGGCAACCGCCACCCAGUCUUUUGAUCCGCUUGCCCCUGUUGAGUCAAUUGCCAAGGGUUUAAAUCCUCUGUCCGGUCUCAACGGAAUCCCCUCGGGCAGCAUGACCAUUCCCGGUUUCAGUGGUAUUCCCUCGGGCAGCAUGACCAUUCCUGGUUUCAGUGGUAUUCCCUCGGGCGGCUUGAGCAUUCCCGGUUUCAGUGGUAUUCCCUCGGGCGGCUUGAGCAUUCCCGGUCUCAAUGGUUCACCCUCGGGCAGCCUUACUCCUCCCGCGGUCCCGACUGCCUCUAUACCGGGUGGUAUCUUCCAAACUUCGGCAUCAUCGAAUGGUACUGGUGCUACUGGUACUGGUGCUACCGGUGCUCCAAUUCCGAGCGGAACCUCCAAGUACGCUGGGGGCAUUCCCGUUCCGCACUCGCCCGGCCUUCAAUCGACCUCUGGCACACAGGCGGGCUCCGGCGCGGCUUCUGCGCCUCCCAUGUCUGCUCCCACGCUUUCUGUUCCCGGGAGCGGUGCCCAAGACACCAAGGCCUCGACUGCCCCUCAUCCCACUUCGAUCGCUCCACCUCCCCCAGUCACUACGAGCAAGCCCGUGGAGCCUCAGCCCAAGCCCAGUGAGAAGUCGUCGUCCAGCGACUCCAGCGACUUCAUGCCGUCGAGCGUUCUUCUCCAGUCUUCUUCGACCUCGGGGAGCUCGAGCUCUGAAACUGGUGAGCCCAGCCACACCUCGCUGCCGGACUCAAUUCUUCCUCCGGCCAGCCAGAUCAAGCAGCCCCCGGAGAACUCCUCCCUGCUUCAACUGGGUUUUAAUGGCCAGCUUCCGUGGCCGUUUGUGGCAACCACUCCGUUGUCUUCGUCGCAGAUCUUCGACUAUGUACCGACCGCACUGAAGCAUGCUUUCCCUGAUGUCAAGGACGUUGCCAUGUACGCCCUAGAGCCCUACCUCUCCUGGAAGAAGACCGGCUACAAUGCCACCCUUGCCAUCUUCUAUUGGCCCGGCAAUGAAAUCGACUCGCUGGCGGAGAAGAAGCGUAACCCGAACUCUGCUCUCUACAAGGGCAACCGCCAGGCUAUCGACCAGCUGAUGUCGCUGAUCGACCCGUCGAUCCCUCUGAUGUUUGAAGGCAACAACCCUUCGUCUGACGGGAACUCUGACGGAAACGACGAUGGUAAUGGCAAUGGCGACAACCACAACAGUAAUACCGACGAUGGCUCGGGCAACAGCUCGAAGAUCAAGGCCAGCUCCGUUGGAACUGGCGUGGGCGUUGUCGCUGGUGCCGCCGCCUAUGGAGCGGGUAUGUUCUGGGUCGCCCGCCGCUACCGCAAGAGACGCCAGUUGCACCAGCGCUCCAGCUCCACCGUCGACCAGAUGAGCGAGGGUUCGCACGCUGGCUCAGUCUUCGGUGCGGGUGGUCGCUCGCUCGGCAGCCAAAACAGCCGCGGAACCAACCGCUCCCAGAUGAUCAGUGCGCCGGUGAUGGCUGAGAACUCGCUUGGGUGGAACUAG